CAGACUUGUGUCGUCACAGGCCGGCCGCUGGGAGGAGACAUCUCAAUCUGCUGCUGGUGUCGUGUGCUGCUGAGUGUUUGAAUAGGAAAAAGGGAGGCGUUAUAGCUAGGCGUGUUAACGGGGAAAAAACAAAACGAGAUUAUUAUCCCAUACAAACAGCAACAAAAAAAAAGAACGGAAGAUCAAGUACAGCGGUUCGGUUUAUUUUCCUUUUGCCAGGGUAUUGCUAUCGGUAGACUUUGGGAAUCAGUUUUUUUAUUUUGCCUAAGCAAUGAAAGACCAAGACAAAGGCUGAUGUGAAACUGGAAAAUCUGUUUUAUUACUAAGGAAAGGAGAACACGGCAAAAAAUGGAUAGUGCAAAUGGUAACAAUGCUACGAGUCCACAGCAACAACAACCACAUGAAUUUCAGCAGCAGCCUACUGCACAGCACCACAGCAGCAACGGAAAGAAGAAGGUGAACCGAGCCCCUUCACCGGCGAGACCCAGAGAUGCCCCCGGAUGGUCCCUGGCUAAGAACAGAAGCAACAAUGGGUCUGCAACCACCAGCCUGGGCAUCAGGACUGGGGGGAUCAGUCUCGGCAGCCGGGUGUCUAGACGCAGCCCUGGGAACUCAAAGGAGCUUAAACACGAGAAGAUUAAGCAAGCUGCUAAAUCCACGUUGUCUAUUUCAAGCGCUCACAGAAGUCCCGGUGUUAGUAAAUCUGUAAAAGCAGCAAGAAGGAAGAUAUCGGAUGCCAGCAAUGCAUCCGAUGAUCUGAGCAAAGAUUCUGGUUGCGCCCCGGGGAAACUGUCUCCUACGGAUAGCAGCUCCGAGCUUUCCGAUUGCGCUUCGGAGGAAAAUAAACUUUCCGCGGAUGCUCUGAGCAGCGAUACCGAAUCGAGCAGCCGGGGUGGAGGAACCGAUGGCGAGAGACAAAGUGCGGACCCAGAAAAUGGCAUAUCUGACACCAUGAGUGACCAAGAUGCCAAACCCCCCCUGGACAAGGACCGACUAUCCUUCGGGGUAGAAACUGGGGAAGAGAGUAUCUCCCCCGGCGACGAGCGCUCUGUUGCCUCGCUGGACAGUCGCCUCCAUGUCAGUACCUCGCUGGCAUUUUCUGACCUAACGGAGGAGUUUAUGGACGGGAUGCAGGAAGAAUUUAUCAGGGAGAUCGAGGAACUAAGAUCUGAAAACGAUUACUUAAAAGAUGAGAUUGAGGAGCUGCGGACGGAGAUGCUGGAGAUGAGGGACAUGUACCUGGAGGAGGAUGUCUAUCAGCUCCAGGACCUCCGGCAGCAGCUGGACCAGGCCAACAAGAUGUGCCGUAUCCUCCAGUACAGACUGCGCAAGGUGGAGCGCAGGAGCCUGCGGGUGGCCCAGACCGGCCAGGUGGACGGGGAGUUCAUCCGCACCAUGGAGCAAGACGUCAAGGUGGCAAAGGACGUCUCGAUCCGCCUGCACAACGAGCUGGACGGGGUGGAGAGGAAGCGGAGCAGGCUGGAGGAGGAGAACGAAGAGCUGCGGCAGAGACUCCUCGAACUGGACGUGGCCAAGCAGGUCCUUCAGACAGAGCUGGACAAAACCAAGGAGAACUCUCUGAAGAAAAGAGGAGCUCGCGCCAUUAAUAAAACCGACAAGAAGUCAUCGCCUCAGGAGGACAGCGCCGACCUCAAGUGCCAGCUUCACUUUGCGAAAGAGGAAUCAGCCCUCAUGUGCAAGAAGCUGACCAAGAUGGCCAAGGAAAACGACAGCAUGAAAGAGGACCUGGUCAAGUACAGGUCUCUGUAUGGAGAUCUGGACAGCUCUCUCUCUCUAGAGGAGAUGGCUGACUCUCCACACUCCAGAGAGGCAGAGCUGAAGGUCCACCUCAAGCUGGUAGAGGAAGAAGCCAACCUCUUGAGCCGGAGGAUCGUGGAGCUCGAGGUAGAGAACCGUGGCGUGAGAGCUGAAAUGGACGACAUGAAGAGCCAAGAGCUUCAGGGUCAUCUGGUCCUGGCUUCAGCCAGCUACGGGGAGUGUGGGGAGAGCAUGAUGGAGCUCAAAAGACACCUCCAGUUUGUGGAAGAGGAGGCCGAUCUUCUGAGGAGGUCCCUCCUGGAGCUCGAGGAGCAGAACAAACUCUUGAUGAACGAUCUGAACAAGUACAAAUCGGAGCAUGACCUUGACACCACCAUGUCGGAGGACAGCUGCUCGGUGAUAAGCGAGCCCUCGCAGGAAGAGCUGGUGACCGCCAAGCUCCAGAUCGGCGAGCUCAGCGGGAAAGUGAAGAAGCUCCAGUAUGAGAACAGAGUCCUUCUCUCCAACCUCCAGCGCUGCGACCUGGCCUCAUACCAGUCCACACGCCCCUCAAUGGAGACGGACGCAGAGGCUGGAGAUUCAGCCGAAUGCAUUCCAACUCCAAUCAGGAGAGAAGGACCCAUCGGUGGGGAGAAUGAUUCCAGGGAGGACCAGGAGAGGUCUACUGGGAUAAGGAGCAACAGGAACCCGGAUAAUUAUGAGUUUUUUUCACCACGAUACCUUAGAACAAGAGACUUUGAGGCUAUGCUGACCAUCAAAGAUCAGGCUGAACUUGUUAGCAAAGCCAUAGAUCUUUUGAUAUCGGACUCUAAUGGGUUUACAUCUUAUCCAAAGGUUUGUCCUACUAUUGAUUCCAUAGAGCAGACUUUGAAUGAAAGUGUUGAUAAAAACGAAGCCCCCAGUGACCUGAAGCUGGUUAGUGCCCUUAAUAUCAGACUGAGUGCUUUGCAGAGGGAAAUGGUCUCCUUCAUGAAGAAGGUAGACAACCUCAGGGAAUCUUUCAAGGAGCAAACAGAAGGUGUCUCGCCAUUACCUAUUCUAACAGAAUCAGGAAGCUUUUUAUCAGCAAUGACGUCAACGUCCCAAGAUUCUACACCGAAGGUUCUGAGCAAAGGACUGGUCACUGACCAGAAGCAGCCUGACUUUAGGGAUAAAACGGAGUGGCAGCUAGCAGGCCAGGGACACGGACAGCCAGGGGGCAACCUGAACAGCCCUGAUGGGGACCCGAGCAAAGAGACCAACAGAGAGUCCAAGACCUACAAACAAGACGAGCAGGAAUCCUACCCUAGUGAGAUCAAAGCCCUGCAGUUGGUUCUCUUGGAGGCGAAGGAGAGUAUCCGGGGCCUGCAGGAGCAGCUCUCCCAGGAAAGGCAGACUCGCAGCAAGGAAGCCGAGAGCUGCACUCAGAGGAUCUCACAGCUGAAGGAGGAGCACCAGAAAGCUCUGCUCCGGAGGGACUUCGAGCUGCAGAGCCUGAGCUUGCAGACCCGUCUGGAGCAGAAGUCCUGGAGCCAGGAGAGGAACCUCAUGGUGCAGGAGUCCCAGCAGCUCAAGCAGGGCCUCCUGCUGCUCACCCUCAAACUCAAGUGCUUCCUCAAGCAGUGGAGGCUGGGCAAGAAGCUGGACAACAAGGGGCCGGACUUCCUGGAGGUUAGCAGCGUAAAGGAUCUAUACAUGCUAAUUGAAGAAGAGGAGUUGGCUCCACACCAGCUGGAUAACAAGACCGCCGCCGCAGACGAUAAAUCUCAGAGUUCUGUAACCCUGGAGAGAGUUGAUAGCAUCGUGGAGAGAAAUUACAAGCAGGCGAGCAAGCUGGGCAGUGCCCUGGCUGACCUGAAGGAGGCGCUGUGGGAGCUGUGCACGGAGCUGCAGGAUGAGAGGCACGGCUCCGAGGAGCUCACGCAGCAGUUCGCCAAGGCCAAGUCUGCCUGGGAGGUGGAGAGAACCGAACUCAAGUGCCACACCAUGCAACUGGAGUGCAAGGCAGGGAAGGCUGGCCCGGAGAAGGCACCUACGGAGCUGAAAGCAGCUCUGAAGCGGGAGCGCGAGGAACACCAGCACCUGCUGGCCGACUCCUACGCUGCAGUCAUGGACCUGACCAAGCAGCUGCAGAUCAGCGAGAAGAACUGGAGCCGAGAGAAGCUGGAGCUCCUGGAACGCUUUAAGCAGGAGCAGAGACAUUGGGAGCAGAGACUCCAGGACACCCCGAGCAAAACCAGCCAGACUUCACAUGAAAAAAUUACUGAAAAAGAAACAUCCUGUGAGCCAGACGCGAUGGGAACAAAUCUACAGAGGACCAAAUCCGUUUCUUCCAUGUCCGAGUUCGAGAGCCUCUUAGAUUCCUCUCCCUUCGUCCCUGCCGACGGCAACAAUGACAACAACAGAGACCAGAAGGGUCAGUCAGGCGUCCGGGCAAUCCCCAAUAACCUCUCCAACCUUGGGGAGCUCAACAAGAAGAACUGGGAGUAUUUGACAAACGAGAAGGUUGAAACGUCUGACCCUUUCAAGACCUGGGACGGUCCAACGAUGGCCAACCAUGACACAUCCCAGAAACACAUACAGAGGAGCUAUACUGCGCCGGAUAAAACUGGCAUCCGGAUCUACUACAGCCCGCCUGUGUUGCGCAGGAUGGAAGGCUGUGUUAUGCAGGGAAAAAAUGAGGAGAAGAUGAUGGCUGAGCCAGGCUACUUGUUCACCACUGCCAAGCCCAAAGAUCUUGGAGAUUCAGAAAAUCCUUCAGAAAGCACGUACGGCAGAUGGCUCUGCAACUUUUCUAAGCAGCACAGGGACCUCCUGGACAGCAGCUCUGUGCCGCACACUGUGGCGGCCACUGCAAGAUUACCCUUGCCCUUCCACAGCCUGGAGAUAUCUGGCAACCUGAGCGACGACAUGAAGGAAAUGACAAACUGUGUGAGGCAAGCCAUCUGUUCCAGCUCUCUGGAGAGAAAGUGCAAGGACACUGCUAGCCAGACCAUGGGGGUCACCACCUCUGCCACCCAGACUACACAGUUUGUCAGCAUUGGCCUGCAGACAGAGGGCCCGAGAACCAGCCUGCACUCCAAGAGUUGGUCGCCCAGGAGUUCUUCACUGAUGUCAGCCCGCAGCAGGCAGAUAUCAACGUCUUUAGAUAAGGUCCACAGCAAAAUUGAUCGUCCAUGUUAUUCACCCAAGUAUGGUUCUCCCAAGCUGCAGAGAAAGUUGUCGACAUCCUCAUCCAAGUUGGACUGCUCUAAAGACCGGAGCCUGUGGAACCUCCACCACAGAGGACAGAAUGGGUCAGCAUGGGCCAGGUCUACCACCACCAGAGACAGCCCUGUAUUAAGUGGCCUCAACGACGGGCUCUCCAGCUUGUUCAAUGUGGUGGAGCACUCUGGUAGCACUGAAUCUCUAUGGAAGGGAAUCCCACAGGAGAGUAAAACCAAGGCAGAAGUUCCCAAGUAUGGCAUCGUCCAAGAAUUCUUCCGCAACGUCUGUGGCAGGACUCAAACUCCUGGUCCUGGUGGGGAAAGACAACAGAAAGAAGCCAUCCUGGAAGACGGGAGCAAGAAACUAGACAGUGCUGUUGCUGCAUCUUCUUCACUCGGAAAUACCCAUUCAGAUAACGUUGCAAAGAUUGUGAACAAGAGGCUUCUGAAGCAGUGCAUGAAAGACAACCUAAACCAUGGCAGCAAAGAUUCUACAACGAGAAACAUAAGCAUGAGUUCAUCAAAUGCACUCGAGGAUGCAGCUUGUGACUGUACAUCUCAGUCGCUCACAUCUUGUUUUGCACGUCCCUCUCGAUCGACCACCCGUCACUUACACCCGCAGUGCAAGCUGCGCUCCACAGAUCCCAACGCAGCUGAAGAGAAAGGAGAGGCAACCGAGUGAAGACACUGCCCUCGUACUGGGGCACCCUGCCCAGAACACAGGCUAGCUCUGCCCUGAACGAGGAGGAAAGCAGGCUGACUUAAACCAUACCAAGCCAUGAGCUAAAAGCAUCCGGAAUGUUGCCUGGGCUGGUCUCCUUUUCAUUAUCCAUACUGUAUUUUGACUAGCCAAAUAUUAGAUUAGCAACACAGGUCUGAAUUCAUUUUUUUUUUUUUUUGGAUGGAGGUGAAAAUGUGAAUUCAUACCUGUAAGGAUAUUUAUUUGGAUGCAAGCUCAUUGUUGCUCUUGUAAGGUCUUGCAGCAUUUCCCUCCACUAAAAAGGGAAUUAACUUGGGCCUAAUAGUCAGCAUAUUAGCAAAAUCUGCCAGAAUGAUACAGAAGAUGAACAAUGUUAUUUGCCUUUGCCAGCCUUUUUACUCGAAAAAGCCGCCCAAGAAUCCUGUGUAAAAUAUGUUUUUGUAACAUUUCACUUUAUCCGUUCUAAAUAAGGGGUUUCAAACCGGGCAGUUUGGAGAGCACUUGUCACCUGUGAGCUAUUUUCAAAAGGCCAUUUCAUCCAACAACUACUUAUGGGUUCAGAUUGAACCCCAUCACUUCACUGCAUUUCAGUAGCCUGGAGUUUGUCACUCUUGACUCUCGUCACAUGAGGGUAUUUUUUCAAUGAGGAACUGGCCAUUAUAAAUCACUGACAACACUGCUAUGGGAAAAUGUCUUGUUCUGUAGGACUCAAAUGACAGGAGGACCAUUUUUAAACCAUAAUCCAAGAUUGUAUCUGUAUACUGAGAAAUACAUGUUACAAUGAAAGGUGGUGCAUCAGUCUGAUAGGACCGAGGCUUUAACACUAAAACCGAAGGGAAAAAAAGAAAUCAUGCUGAAUUUAAUUUGUUUCUUAAUAAUUCAUAUUUAUAUUACUUUGAUGCCAAGGGAUUCAUUUUACAGUGCAAUGUAUAGUGUUAUAUAUGUAUCUAUAAUCUUAAUGGUGCUGAUACAAUAAAUUAAUGACUAGAUCUCACAACGUUUAAGUGCAUUGUCACAGGAUCCAAACAGAUUUUUAUUUCUAUUGUGGUAGCUACGCAAAGGAUAGGUAUUAAGACUUCUUGAGAUAAAUGAAUAUACAGUAGUGCAAAUCGACUUCACUUCACUGCAGCCCACAAACCUCUCCAAAUGUGUGAGAGCCCAGUAAUGGCCUCCUAUAAACACAUUCUCUAAAAACAGAAAAAGACAUUCUUUGUAACCUUGAACCACUGUCAGUUACACUUGCAAGCCACCCUAAAAGCUGCCGUUACAUUCUGUUCUGCCAGACUGAUCUGUUUCAUUGUCAUGCCCUGUACCUCACAGUACAGUUUUCAAUCUAGACAACCCCUUAUCCAGUUGUAAUCAAACUUGUUUAGUGCAUUCAUUUGCACAAGUUAUCAGAGUGUCAUAAUCUGAGGAUAUAAACAAAGAUACUGUCUACACUGGCAUGCACAUACUGUGGAUGUAGGUCAUGGUCCUUUUUAAUAAUGCUGAUGUUAUUAUAUGACGUUAGGAUUACUGUCAAAUGACACAUUACUGUGUCAAUAUUCAUUAACUUCUUUGGAAGAGGGACUGCUGUACAAAGCAAUCUAUAACACAUACAACAGCGAGCACUGUCUUAUUAUUAUUAUUAUUAUUUAUUUCUUAGCAGACGCCCUUAUCCAGGGCGACUUACAAUUGUUACAUUAUACAUUAUUUCACAUUAUACAGAUAUCACAUUAUUUUUUACAUACAAUUACCCAUUUAUACAGUUGGGUUUUUACUGGAGCAAUCUAGGUAAAGUACCUUGCUCAAGGGUACAACAGCAGUGUCCCCCACUGGGGAUUGAACCCACAACCCUCCGGUCAAGAGUCCAGAGCCCUAACCAUUACUCCACACUGCUGCCCUAUAUGUCUUGGCUGAAAUCGAAUGGAUGUCAUGUUUAAAAAGGAUAUGUGUGCCUUUCAUGAAUUCAGACUGAUUGACAAAAUGGCUAAUUUGUAUUUGAACCUCAUAUCUGAUAUGAUCACACUUUUCAGUACAACCUUACAAGCAGACCACAUAACUUCCAAACACCUCUGAAAGCCGUAAAAUGGAUGCUGUAGCAUUCACUAUCGUUGCAUGAAGUUCAUUUUAAUCCUGUGGGCGACUUUUCCAAUUUGCUGAGUGUUUUACCUGUGGAAUUGAAAAAAAUAUAUAAAAGUGAAGAAAUCGUUUAUGCACAAAAUGCCAAAAUGGCAUUGACAUAUUUUCCAAUUACUUUCAGAAAACUUGUAAAGUACUGAUCGAGUUUGUAAGCCACAUUUUCUAAUUCUUGUAUUUAAAAAAAAUAAAUAAACCUGUAUUUAAGGUCCAUGAACUACUUUAAGAUUUUUUUUAUUAUUAUUUUUAUCUUAUUGUAAAUACUUAGGUGUGGUAGCUUUUUAUUUUAUUUUUUAUUUAUUUUUUUAUUUGUAAAGUUAAGAUCUUUUUAGAGCAGUUUUUGAUUUAUGUUUAAUAUUGGGAGCGCAGCAACAGUUUUUGUAAAGAAAUUCAAAUAAAAAGUGUGUAACCGUGGUUUCCGCGUUACCGAGGCAGUUUUAGUGAUUAGCAUCUAUUGCAUGUCACCAAGGGAUACAUUAUACUGUAUAUAGCAAAAUACUGGAUUGUAGGCUUAGUCAAAACGAUCAUUUGGAGCACAUUUAAAAUGUCAGACCUCUCAGAUCAAGUUAAACACUUUCAUCUAAAUUACAUCCUAACCCACUGUAGCCCACUUUUUCUAUUAAUAAAUAAAGAAUGAAUGGUAUUUCACAUUGGCUGGAGAACCUCAUCUGUUUUACAGAAUGCUGUACCACAUUUCUACAUAUAAAAAAGAGUGUUAUAGUUAAGUAUUACAUCAAUAGUUUUUUAUUCAAAUAGUGUCCUAGCUAUAGCAUUCAUAUAAAGUUUAAAAGUCAGUGGUCCCUGUAUGCCCUACGUGUUUAACUUGAGAGGUUCAGUCACACACUAAGCUAAUAAGAAUUAGAACAUCUAUAAGCAUUCCAAAGAGUGUUCCGGAAUGAUCUUUCCGACUUAACCUGACAGACAUUCAUUCAAUAAAACAUUAUUGAAAAAGAUCAUAGUACUGUUAAUAUUUGCUAAAUUAUUGAAAUGCCUGUACAUUUUCUUUCUUUAAAAAUAUUGUUUUUGAAAAAAAAAAAAAAAAAAUCUUUUCAGGUUAUUGUAACUUAAAACAAAUAUAAACCUGAUCAUUUAUAUCCUGUUUCUAUCUUUGAGUAGGAAAAGUUUAAUGUCUAAUGAUUUUGAGCAUUUUGUUAAGUGUUAAAGAAGCCUAUUCACCACUGCUUUCCUUCAGAAGUUAACAUAAACAUUUAUGUACAUAAGAAAAAAAGAAGAAAAGACACAUUAGAAGUAAAUUAACAUUUGGUUUUGGGGGCUGGGGAGGGUUAUUUGAACGGUGAAUUUGUCAGCUCAAAUAUCAUUGCUAUUGUUUGCGAUCAUUCAUAAUAAAUGUUUGUUGAAAACCA